UCGCCCCGGGGCCAGCGGAGCAGCGUGGAGAGAGGGGAAGGCAGGAGCCCGGAGGAGCCCGAGGCAGGCGGCGGGGAGGCGGCGAGCGAGCAGGACAAAGGGAGCCGCGAGCCCCGGGCGUGCGUGCGUGCGCCCGGGCGGCCGCCCAGAGCCAGCCCCAGAGAGGCGGCCGCCGGGACCUCGGGGCGAGCCUGGUGGACGUGCCGGAGCGCCGCCCCAAGCCCACAGGAGGAAUGCCCCGGGCCGGCUGCGGCCAGAGGCGCGGGGCGCCCGCCCGCUGGCUCCCGGCGCUCCCGCUGCUCGUCCUGCGCGCCGCGGUCCUGCUAGCCCGCCCCGGAGCAGCUCAAGAAACAGAUGCGUCUGUGCCCGAGGCCGCCGAGCCAGUGCCCACCUCGUCCUGGAACGUUUCGAGCGAACUCGACAAAGAUUCCUUCUUGACACUGGAUGAGCCCAUGAACAACAUCACCACAUCUCUGGGCCAGACGGCUGACCUGUAUUGCAAAGUCUCUGGAAACCCUCCCCCCACCAUCCGCUGGUUUAAAAAUGAUGCACCCGUGGUCCAAGAGCCCCGCAGGAUUUCCUUUCGAGCCACCAACUAUGGUUCUCGGUUGCGGAUACGGAACCUGGAUACUACAGACACUGGCUACUUCCAAUGUGUUGCGAACAAUGGCAAAAAAGUUGUGUCCACCACUGGAGUGCUCUUUGUCAAGUUUGGUCCCCCACCCACGGCAAGCCCUGGAUCAUCGGAUGAAUAUGAAGAAGACGGGUUCUGCCAGCCGUACCGAGGGAUCGCCUGUGCCAGAUUCAUUGGCAACCGCACCGUCUACAUGGAGUCUUUGCACAUGCAAGGGGAAAUAGAAAAUCAGAUCACAGCCGCCUUCACCAUGAUUGGCACAUCGAGUCACCUAUCUGAUAAGUGCUCCCAGUUCGCCAUCCCGUCCCUUUGUCACUACGCUUUCCCCUACUGUGAUGAGACCUCCUCGGUCCCCAAGCCGCGAGAUCUGUGUCGGGAUGAAUGUGAAAUCUUGGAGAAUGUCCUCUGUCAGACCGAGUACAUUUUCGCCAGAUCGAAUCCCAUGAUCCUCAUGAGGCUCAAGUUGCCCAACUGUGAAGACCUUCCCCAGCCGGAGAGCCCGGAAGCUGCCAACUGUAUCCGGAUUGGGAUCCCCAUGGCUGACCCCAUCAAUAAAAAUCACAAGUGUUACAACAGCACGGGAGCAGAUUACCGAGGCACGGUCAGCGUGACGAAAUCCGGCCGACAGUGUCAGCCGUGGAACUCCCAGUAUCCCCACACGCACACGUUCACGGCGGUCAGAUACCCCGAGCUGAACGGGGGACACUCGUACUGCCGCAAUCCCGGGAACCAGAAGGAGGCCCCGUGGUGCUUCACCUUGGACGAAAACUUCAAGGCGGACCUGUGUGACAUCCCAGCCUGUGAUUCCAAGGACUCCAAGGAGAAGAAUAAGAUGGAGAUCCUGUACAUCCUGGUCCCCAGCGUGGCCAUCCCUCUGGCCAUCGCCCUGCUGUUUUUCUUCAUCUGCGUCUGCCGCAACAACCAGAAGCCCUCCUCGCCCCCCGCCCAGAGGCAGCCGAAGCACGUCCGGGGGCAGAACGUGGAGAUGUCCAUGCUGUCUGCCUACAAACCUAAGAGCAAAGCCAAAGAGUUGCCCCUGUCGGCUGUCCGUUUCAUGGAAGAACUGGGUGAAUGCGCCUUCGGGAAAAUCUACAAGGGGCAUCUCUACCUCCCGGGGAUGGACCACGCUCAGCUGGUGGCCAUCAAGACCCUGAAAGAUUUCAACAACCCUCAGCAGUGGGCCGAGUUCCAGCAGGAAGCCUCCCUCAUGGCGGAGCUCCACCACCCCAACAUCGUCUGCCUCCUCGGGGUGGUCACCCAGGAACAGCCGGUGUGCAUGCUGUUCGAGUACAUGAACCAGGGGGACCUGCACGAGUUCCUCAUCAUGAGGUCCCCGCACUCCGACGUGGGCUGCAGCAGCGACGAAGACGGGACCGUCAAGUCCAGCCUGGACCACGGCGACUUCCUGCACAUCGCCAUCCAGAUCGCCGCGGGCAUGGAGUACUUGUCGAGCCACUUCUUCGUGCACAAGGAUCUGGCCGCCCGGAACAUCCUGAUCGGCGAGCAGCUCCACGUGAAGAUCUCGGACCUGGGGCUCUCCAGGGAGAUCUACUCGGCCGACUAUUACCGAGUGCAGAGCAAGUCCCUGCUGCCCAUCCGCUGGAUGCCCCCGGAGGCCAUCAUGUACGGCAAGUUCUCUUCGGACUCCGACAUCUGGUCCUUCGGCGUCGUCCUGUGGGAGAUUUUCAGCUUCGGGCUCCAGCCCUAUUACGGCUUCAGUAACCAGGAAGUGGUGGAGAUGGUCAGGAAGCGGCAGCUCCUGCCGUGCUCGGAAGACUGCCCUCCCAGGAUGUACAGCUUGAUGACCGAAUGCUGGCACGAGAUCCCUUCGAGGAGACCGCGGUUCAAGGACAUCCACGUCCGGCUCCGCUCCUGGGAGGGGAUCUCGAGCCACACGAGCUCCACGUCUCCCUCCGGCGGCAACGCUACCACCCAGACGACCUCCCUCAGCGCCAGCCCCAUCAGCAAUCUCAGUAACCCGAGAUAUCCCAACUACAUGUUUCCAGCCCAGGGGAUACCUCAGGGGCAGAUCGCUGGCUUCAUCGGGCCCCCCUUACCUCAAAACCAGCGGUUCAUCCCCAUCAAUGGGUACCCAAUACCUCCUGGAUACGCUGCUUUCCCAGCAACUCACUACCAGCCCCAGGGGCCCCCCCGAGUCAUUCAACACUGUCCCCCUCCCAAGAGCCGCUCGCCCAGCAGUGCCAGCGGCUCCACGAGCACUGGGCACGUGACUAGCUUGCCCUCUUCGGGAUCCAACCAGGAGGCGAACAUCCCCUUGCUAUCCCACGUAUCCCUCCCCAAUCAUCCAAGUGGAAUCGGCAUAACCGUGUUUGGAAACAAAACUCAGAAACCCUAUAAAAUAGACUCAAAGCAACCGUCUUUACUAGGGGACUCCAAUAUCCAUGGACACACUGAAUCAAUGAUUUCUGCAGAACUGUAAAACACAAGGGGUUGUUCUAUAUAAAUAUGGUAUACAGUACAAACUAGGAAGCCGUAGAAAAGAUUUAUAUUCAAAUAUUUUAUUAAAGUAAGAUUUGUUUUGAUUGUUUAGCAGACAUUGCAACAAGUAUCUUCUGUGAAGUGUAACUGUGUGCUUAGCAGGAUGGGCAGAUACAGGCAGCCAAAAAAAAAUUAUUCAAGUGACAAAAAUUAUUAAGCACCUAUUUUGUGCUAAAUGCUGGGAAUACAGUCCCUGCCCCCGAGGAACUUAUAUUCUAUUCCUAUUGUGCCUUGAACGUCGCGUCAUGUUGUGUAACCCGGCUUUAGGAUCGGUUCACAUCACGUUAGGUACUCAAAACUAUUAUCCAAUGAAGAGUCCUUUUCAGAGAAAUGUCAGAAUGGGAUCUCAGCCGAGUCAAAGAGCCCAUUGGCUGUCCAGUGGCUUUAAUAUUCCUUGAAGUCUGUCCAGUAGCUUUUGUGUGACCGCCAUGUCUAUUUUCAUGUUUAGAAGGGAUAUAAGGCUUUGGUUCAAUUUAAUUAUCGCGCAUUGGGAUGGAAAGCUGAUAUUUACUUUUUUCUUUCGGUCCAGACCUGUCAUUUCAUCAUCUAGGGAACUCCCAUUGUGGAAAUUCCCCACAUCCACUUGGCUCUUUAGAAAUGCUCCUCUGGAUCGACAAGGUCAAAUGAGUAUUGUAUGGUAGCAUGGUACCUGCUCAGUGCUCCUUCCCCAUUUUGUAUUCCUACAUGACCAAGAGUUGAGAGAAGGAUAAAACCGACUCUGAAGGUUUGCCAUCAGUCAAUCAGAAUUCCCAAUUCUUUUUUUUUUUUUUUGCCCCAGUCUGACCUUGGCAACAACCAAAGUCCUUGCUAAGUUAAUUAAAGCGAUGCCUUUCAAAUGAGCCGAAUACGUCCAAUGGGCUUUCUUCAAAUCCCAACAUUUAAAUGACCGUGGUUGUUGGAAGUGGAUUGGAAUCCCCCCAAAUAUGAUUCCUAUAUAUAUAGACUAUGAUAGUCUACUCCCCCACACCUCCCAUGGGAAUAUAAUGGAGAGACAGGAUUCCCAUUUUAUAAAUAACCAAAUAACUGGGCUAUUUAAAGUUAAAUAGAAACAAUAUGAUAUUAUGUAGUGUGCGCAGAUGGAGGUAUGGGUUGUGGAGUAAAUGAUCUUUACCAGCCAGACUCAUUUUAUUGAGUAGGGGAUUUGCAUAAGUUUCAUGUUUCUAUACAGAAGGGAUUUUCAGAUUUGAUUUUUGUUUCUCUUGGGGUAAAUAUUUCUCUUUUCUUAGAAUGGUGCCUCAUAUUAAAAAAAAAAAGAAACAAAGAGAUAUAGAUGGGAAGUCAAUCUUGCAAACAAUAUUUAACAUGAGAGAAUUAGAAACAUCGUGAUGUUUCUAUUUUUACAAAUGGUGUUAGGAUGAAGAACAAAGCAGGCCUGUGUUCAGAAAAAAAUGUCUUGGGGUUUUCCCGCAUGCCGUCUCUUAAAUACCCAGAAAACAAUUUAUCUGAAAUGAUAAAUGGAGUUUAUUUGCAGUAAUUUGAGGCUAUGAGAAGUAACAUUCAUCGAUUUCAUGGCAUAAAUAAGCUUUUAGAUAGGUUAAUUAGGGCAAGAUAUUUGCUUCCUUUUGUUGCUAUGCAACUGUUUAUUGAUGAUACUUCAAACCACAAUUUUAUAUAUAUUCAUAUGACAAUCAUUUUUCCAAGAAUAUUUAUUAUUUUAGGUAAAUAUGGAAUUUUAGUGAAUCUGAGGUUUUUUUCCAGCAGUCCAUGAAAGGGAAAAUAGUAUUCCAUGAGCCAUUUAGCAAUUCUUUGGGGGGAAAAAAACAAACAUUUUUAUAGCAACAAAACCCGAGUUUGAUUUAACUUUAUAAAGAAGAAUGGCAUUGUUUUUCAGCAUUUGUAUAAUUACUGUUCUAUAUUCAGGUACAAGCCUUCUGGAUUUUGAAACCACUUUUAAGAUCUAAAAGUUCCAUGAUAGGACAACAUGGUAUCUUUAUUUUGUACAAAAAGACUAUUUUUUCACAAACUGAAUAAUAUCAUUUGCUCCGUCGACGAUGCUUUUUGGUAAGAUGCCUUUGUGUUCAUAUCUAUUUUUGCACAAAACAAUGUCCACGUUUUGUAUUGCAGAAGUGAAAAAAUAUAGUUCUGCCUUUUCUAUCUCAUCUGUUUCUCUUAUUUUUUAAUGAUGUAGAUUUUCUUCUAAUCCCUCACGGCAAGAUUUGGAUCAAUUGCCUUGACCGUGUUUUCUUAUUUUCACUGCAUGCAUUUUAAUCACUGUAUUCCUUGAUGUUUGAUUUAUUAAUUAUGGGCAUUUCAAUUAGAAGAGCAUGGAAAUGUACUAAGAAAAGCUAUUUUAUAUUGAAAUAUAUGCAUUUUGUAUUCCACACACAGAGAUGAUAUUACACACUGAUUAUUUUAUGCUGCUGUUUAUUAAAACAUUUUUAAUAUAAAA